AUGCUGCUGCAUCUGAGAUGCUUGUGGCAAGCAGCAUCUCGUGUACCGGAGCAGAAAGUCUCCGCGGCCAGUUUCAAACGGUUGCUGUCCACAGGAAGUUUUGCUAAAGAGUCUGCUGCAUCGGGGACUGAAACCAUGCGAGGCGCCGGAGGCUUCUCUCUUUCAGUCACAGAAGAGUGCGUGAGGCGAUUGAGGGAACUUGCCACGCGUGCACCGAAGCACUUGCCUUUUGCGCUGCGGGUUACAGUCAACAGCGGGGGCUGUGCAGGUUUCCAGUACGAGUUUAAGCUUGAACACAGUGGACCCGCAGCGGAGGACGUUGUUUUCGAGAAAGACGGCGUUCGCGUUUAUGUGGACGCGAUCAGUGCUCCGUUGCUUUCUGGCGCAACAAUCGACUAUGAAGAUGAGCUCAUACGGUCAGCAUUCAAGGUAGAGGGGAAUCCUAACGCCGAAGCAAACUGCAGCUGCGGAACAAGCUUUGCGCCCCGUUUUUAA